AUGUUAGCCAGCUCUGAUCAUUCUCAGAAACACACGCAGUCGAUUUACCAGAAAAUUGUAGACACCUUUUGCAAUGUUUUAUUCUGUUGUGUAUCCUGUGAUAGCUGUGAAUUAAGCUGCCAAGAGUGCAAUUGUGAAGACCCAUCAGUCGAAAUUGCGUAUGCCGAUAUUGACAUACCAACAGAAACUCGCUUCCUGCUUCUGAACUCUCUUCCUUGGAUUCCUAAUAUCUGUGAAGUGUUAAGACUAACCGAGUUUGAACUUCCGGAUUGUUAUGAUAUUCCAAACCCGUUUACGCAAGGUUCUCUAAGCAGUGUUUUUCAUACGUUCAGUGGUACUUAUCUAAAACAUAGGUACGAAUUGGAUGAGCGUGGUUUUUCUAUGCCAGACAAAAUAUAUCACUUUGCACAAUAUAAUAGGUGUGCUGAGGAAAAUGUGAAACUGCUACUCAAAAGCCACCGUAGCUUAUUUAAUCAUCUUUGUGAAUAUCUUCGUGCUGGCCCCGUUCCCAUUUCGGUUUUGAUUCACCAUGUUAUGUUAUUUCAAUUUUAUCCUCCAGCAGUUCAGGAAUGUCUUUGGAUUGCUGUUGAGCAUUAUCUCUCAAAUUAUGACUACAAUCAUACCAAACUACUAAAACUUGCUUUACAAAAUAGACUUGGCUGUAUACGCAUGUAUCUUGUCAGCCCUAACGAUAUCUACGCGCUUAAAGGAAAGAAGGAUUGGGUUGCUGUUGCACGUCCCAAUUUUUUGAACUAUCUCCAGCUACAAUUACCGUUAUGCGAGAGCAGUCUUCCAUACGAACUACAUGGCUUUGAAACAAUGCUGCAUUCCGCGUCCUCCGAAGCUGACAUUGCCUGGUUAUCUAUGAUGCAUUGUGUAGGAAACAACGGUCAUGCUUUUCCCAUUCAUAUGUAUAUGAACACAAAGGAUGCCGUGUUUGAAGGAAAUGUCCCAGAAUCCGGCCUUUUUCUGUAUGAUACGGAUGCAGUUUUAUUUAAAAAAGAUUCUUUUAUUCGAGGGUUUUACGACUUUUGUAACCAAUUACUCCUGGACAUGUGCAAAUGUCGGCAAUACUACACAGAAAAAGACCUGGAUGAUUUUAUCUCAAUUCGACCGUUGCCCAGCUCAAAUCCCAACACGCAUCCUGACUCUAUUUUCAAUGAGUCUAACAGUAGUACUUUAAAACAAAGCAGGACGCAUUUGACUUAUUCAGAUUCUACCAAGGACUCAUCUGAGGAUAAUAUCUCAAAAUGUGAAUCGUUAAGAUAUCCUGCUUCUCAUAGUAGUUAA